UUUUCCUCGUACUCGACUCGGCCCCGCCAUGGCUGUUGCUCACCGGCGGCGGCGCUCAUGGCAAACACCGGGUAACUAGGGUUAGCCGGGGCAGCAAGUUAAGCUGAGGGCCUUCCAUGCAUGACUCGGCCAUGACAAACCGCCCUCAUGGCGGCGCCCUUAUCCUCGACAGCCACUCUCGCGCCGGUGCUGAUCCACAUCCUGCGCGGCGCCUCCAACCUCGCGUCCGUCGCCGCCACCCACGCCAAGCUUCUCAAGGCCGGCGUCGCCUUCACCAUCGCCUCCUGCAACCACCUCCUCGCAGCGUACUGCCGCUGCAGCGCUACGGGCGCCGCCCGCGACCUGUUUGACGGAAUGCGGGAACGGGACGUCGUCUCCUGGACGACGCUCAUGUCCGGGUACGCCGGCGUUGGUCGGCCCCGGGAGGCCCUGGCUCUCCUCCGCGGCAUGUCCCUCGACGGCGUGCUGCCGAACGCCGUCACUUUCUCGACGGCCGCCAGCUCGUGCGCGCGCCUCGCGGAUGCAGGCCUCGGCCGGCAGGUGCACGCCCGCGCGGAGGUCGCCGGAUGCGCUCGCGACGCCGUUGUCGCCACCGCGCUCGUCGACAUGUACGGCAAGGCCGGCGGCGUCGAGGACGCGCGCGCGGUGUUCGAUGGCAUGGCUGCGCCGGCGAGGAACGUGGUGUCGUGGGGCGCGAUGCUGUCCGUGUACGCGCAGAACGCGCUCGGGAACGAGGCGAUCCAGCUCUUCGCCGAGCUCAGAACCAAAGGCAACGGCGUGGCGCCAAACCACUUCAUGCUGUCGAGCGUCAUCAGUGCGUGCGCAGGCGUUGCACGUCUGGGCAUCGGCAAGUGCCUCCAUGGCGCAGUUUUACGGCUUGGGCAGGAAGGCAACGACGUGGUUGCCGUGGCUCUGGUUGACAUGUACUCGAAAUGUGGAUGCUACGAGUACUCAAGAAAGGUGUUCGACAGGAUCGAGCAGCCCUCAGUCAUCCCCUACACCUCCAUCAUCGUCGCAGCAGCAAAGUAUGGCCUCGGGAGGUGUGCACUUACUUUGUUCGAUGAGAUGAUCGAUCGAGGUGUGCAGCCAAACGAUGUUACGCUGCUCGGGGUCAUGCACGCUUGCAACCAUUCUGGUCUUGUUGACACCGGUCUCCAGCUCCUCCGGUCCAUGCAGAGCAAAUGCGGCAUUGCGCCAUGUCCCAGCCACUACACAUGUGCGGUUGACAUGCUCGGUCGAGCAGGGCGGCUUGAGGAGGCGUUUGAGCUCACCAAUGAAGUGCAGGUUGAAGGCAACGACGCCCUCAUGCUGUGGAACUCCUUGCUGUCAGCGUGCCGGACGCAUAAGCGCCUAGACCUAGCAACCAUGGCAGGCCAGAGGGUGUCUGAGUUCAACCAGGAUGUUGCUGGUGGACUGGUAGCGAUGUCAAAUGCAUAUGUCUCAGCCGGUCUGACUGACAACGCUGCUGCUGUAUGGUCGAGCAUGAGGCGACGCGGCAUACGGAAGGAUCCCGGGUGCAGCUGGAUCGAGGUAAAGGAUAUCCCCCACGUGUUCUAUGCCGGCACAAUAUCGUGCACGGGUGCCAGGGCAGGUGAAGUGAUGAUGUUGCUGGAUGAAUUGGAGGGUAAGAUGAGGGAGAAGGGUUACAAAGGGAGACUAGGGAGUGCUAGAGUCUUUGAUGCCCAUGUGGAUGAUGGUGAGGAAGGGGAAGGUGUGAUGGUUGGUGUGCAUAGUGAGAUAUUGGCUCUAGGGUUCGGUUUGCUGGUCGUCCCAAAGGGGAUGACCAUCAGGGUGAUGAAGAACCUGAGGAUGUGCUGUGAUUGCCACGAGGCAUUCAAGAUCAUCAGUGCCAUUGUUGAGAGGGAGUUUGUGGUCAGGGAUCUGAAUAGGUUUCACCAUUUCAAGAUGGGGUCAUGUUCUUGCAAUGAUUACUGGUGAGUGAUUGGAAGUGAUAUAAUAAAGUGGUUCUGAACUUUCUGGUAGAAAGGAGAACAUGAACAGAUUCCUUGGUGUAGAUAUUCAAGUGAGUUAAAAAAUUUAGGUAACAAGAGCAUUGGUGAUAGGUUGUAGGCCCACCAAACCUUACCCUGAGUUUGCUCUGGCUUUAUUCCCUUUUUCUUGGGCAAAUCUGCGUGCCUUUUUAUUCCUCCUGGAUCAAUUCCAUGCCACACCCAAUUGCUUGGGCGGCCACUGGAGGCAAUAGUGGUGGAGCUAGAGAGCGUCGAUCGGGUCGUUGCUGCCGUUCCAGUGGAAGCUUAAGCUAAUGCAAGGCUGCAAUUUGUGUUUAUCCAUGGCAGCGGCAAGGCAAUGAACAAAUGCGUGAAUGUAAGGAGGUGGAGGUAGCUGGCACAAUCCUGGCUCUUUUCCUCUUUUACUCUCCUUAUGGCCUGGCCUGAUUGGUAGAGCUCCCUAUCUCGUGGAAUUGAUUCAGAGGUGGAAUGAAAAGUUUGACAAGCUGGUUGAUUUCUGAGAGACAUGACUGUGCUGGAAUUGUCCUUUUUACUAUUGCCUGUCUGACUUGAUCUGUACAUGGCACAAUGUCUGCUGACCAAAUUAUAUAUGGUCUGUUUAUGUAUUUUAGGAUGUUCAAAUAAACUGAGACUAUAGAUUGUAAGAUUGUAAGAACCUUACAUAGGGUAUAGUGAUAGUUCAAA